AGAUUGAAAAAACACAACUGCUUGUGGGACAAACGACAGCUUAGUUACCGCGAUCGGGUGAAGAAAGAUUUGGCUUGGCGAAAUGUAGCUGCUGCUGUGGGACAUCCUGAGGAAAACUGCCGAAAGCGAUGGAAAUCGUUAAGAGACCGAUAUGGAAUAGAAUUGAAGGUUGAUCAACAACCUAGCGGAAGUGCUGCGUCGUUUUUGAAAGACACGGUCACGCCCAGACAGACAACAACAAACAUCGUCUCCCAAACGCCAGAAGUUCUCGGACAAGAACCAGAUAUACUGGAUACUUCCUUUGGAUUCCAAAUAGGCGAGAGUGGGAACAUUAUAAUAGAAGAGCAAGAAACCACUGCCCCAACGCCGGCUAAGAGACAAAAGAAAAAAAACGAUGAGAACGCCGCCUUUAACGAUCUAGUCAACGAAGUAAGUCAGUUUGUGGAUAGUCAAAAAAAAACACACAACAAUUUCUUGGGUGCGAUUGGCGAAGUGUUUGAGAAGGUCCCAGAAGAGAGCCGCCUAGAUUUUCAAAUGGACGUACUUCAAUACGUCUAUGCUCAAUAUAAAAAUUAUAAAAAUUGAAUUUACGAAAUUUAAAAAUUUAAAUGACAUCCAGUUUGAA